AUUUUUUUUUUUUUUUUGUGUUUUAUUUUAUCCUCAUAAUGGUAGAUGGAGAACUAGAAUUUCUUGAUCAAAUCGAUUUUGAAAACCUUUUUGAUAAUAUCUCAGAAGAUUUUGAUUUGUUUGAGAAGGAUUUUCUUCCUCUUCCUCAGGAUGAAGUAAUUCCAAAUUCGUGUGAUUCUCCAUGGAGUGAGGUUGAGCAACUUUUGAUGAACGAUGAUUUUGACAAUAAACAAGCAAUAGUGGUUGAUGAUGAUCUGGGGAAUUCAGAGAUUUCUGAUACUUUCUUUUCUGAUCUUCUUGCUGAUGUGGUUGGUGUUGUUGAGGAGGGAUCAUCUGGUGCUGCUGUUGUCGAGGUUAGGGUUUGUGAUGGGGAUUGUUCGAAUCCAGAAUCUAAUGGAUCUGAUGAUAAUAGUGGUGAGAAGGGAAGUCCUGAUGAUUGUUCGAACCCAGAAUCCAAUGUAUCUGAUGAUCAUAGUGGUGAAAAAGGAAGUCCUGAUGACAAAGAAGAUGAAGAAGAAGAGAACAAGGAUGAUCCAAUCAGUAAGAAACGCAAAAGACAGAUUAGGAACAGAGAUGCUGCUUUAAGAUCAAGGGAGAGGAAAAAGAUGUAUGUGAAAGAAUUAGAGGUGAAAAGUAGAUAUCUCGAAAACGAAUGUAGAAGAUUGCAGCAUUUACUUCAUUGCUGUUACGCGGAGAAUCAUAAUCUCCACCUACAAAUUGGUGCUUCCAUGGCCGCCAAGCAGGAGUCUGCCGUACUCUUCUUGGAAUCCCUGCUGUUGGGUUCCCUGCUUUGGUUCCUGGGCAUCGUGUGCCUCCUCCUGUUUCCUCCACAAGGGCUGGAAGUGGUCUUCCCAAGUCGUCAUCCUCCAGCAAACGAGCUGGUGGUAAGCGUGGGAGACGAUCUAGCAAGGACAACAGGAUAUAAGACAACUGGUUUUGGGGCAUUACGACUCUUUUUUAAGAGAGAACGGUCAAAGAUGAGAACAUUGGGUCUUAUAUCGCCAUUAUCAUUAGGGGUAGCCCCUCUAGCGACUGCUCUAGUAGACUUGAAUUUUCAAUCAGCCAAGUUGGCCUAUCUACUGAUUACCUGGGUGCAAGUACAUCUGCCACCAAGGCGCAUCUUGGAGAGAAAAAACUAUGCCUAGUUUUUUUUAUCAUUCAUCCAUCUUAAACAGUGGAGAAGACAAGUAUUUCAAGUUAAUUUUUAGCCAA